UGAAUCAAGAGGUUUCACUUCUUUCCGUUUCCGUCAUCGCCGACAAUAUUUCGUAUGACGCUUAGGUUAGAGUGUUUUACGCAUGCGCAGGAGAACUCGUAGGCUUCCGUUUGAACUUCAUCGAUGCUCAUUGAAAACGAUGGCAGAGCUUCACAAACGUCGACAUGAGCUCGGCGGCAGAAAGUUGUUUCCCGAAGGAGCAUCCUCCACAUCCGAAAGAGCCACAUCCGGUGCCAGCUCCGCGGUACAUCUGAAACUGUUGGCUGCGGUAUUUUACGGAGUCAGUUCAUUCCUCAUCGUUGUUUUCAACAAAAGCGUCCUCUCCAACUACAGAUUUCCAUCAUCAACAUGUGUGGGAAUCGGCCAAAUGUUGGCUACAGUUGUAGUUCUGAGGACCGGGAAGGCGUUGGGUGUCAUCUCGUUUCCAGAUAUGGAUUUGAGUAUACCACGCAAGAUGUUUCCACUGCCUCUGCUGUAUGUUGGGAAUCAAAUAUCAGGGCUGUUUGGGACACAACGACUCAGUUUACCCAUGUUCACGGUUUUAAGGAGGUUCAGCAUUUUGCUCACCAUGGUGUUUGAGGGACUCUUGCUGAAAAAGACUUUCUCUGCGUCGAUUAAGACCACCGUGUUCACCAUGAUCGCUGGUGCUUUUCUUGCUGCCAGCGCUGACUUGGCUUUCGACCUUGAAGGAUACGUAUUCAUAAUGCUGAACAAUGUUCUGACAGCGGCCAGCGGGGCGUAUGUGAAGCAGAAACUUGAUUCCAAGGAGCUGGGCAAAUACGGGCUGCUCUACUACAAUGCUUUAAUCAUGAUUUUCCCCACUGCGGCAUACGCUUACUACUCAGGGGACUUGCAAGUGGGCUUGGAGUAUAACGGAUGGUCCGAUCAGCUGUUUGUUUUGCAGUUUGUGCUUUCCUGUGUCAUGGGCUUCAUUUUAAUGUACUCCAUCAUGCUGUGCACGCAGUACAACUCAGCACUCACCACCUCCAUUGUGGGCUGUAUUAAGAAUAUUCUUGUGACCUACAUUGGAAUGGCAUUUGGAGGAGACUACAUAUUCACUUGGACUAAUUUCGUUGGUCUUAACAUCAGCAUCGCUGGCAGCCUGGUGUACUCCUAUAUCACAUUCACACAGGAGCAAGCAAGUAAGAACAGUUCCAAUAAUGUGAAUCCAAACCUCCACUGUAAUGUGUGCACAAAUUGAACACCACGGUCUUCUGAAAUGUGUUGUCAUUUCAUCAAAUUUAACAGGAAAGGUGUAAACCACGGCAUCCCGAUCGGACCCGACGCUAAUGAACUACGUAUGUCCAGAACACAUUUCAUGUCAUCUGUGUACUGUAUGUUGAGAUGUCUAUUUUUGAACCAUGCUGUCAAAGAAAUAAUAAUAAUUUAUACUUUAUUAAUCCCGCAAGGGGAAAUUACAAUGUUUUCACUCUGUUAUUAUA